CGUUGCUCGAGUGCACCUAGUACAACAAUGUUUGACAUCAAGAUUGCUACCCUUUUAUUGAUUACAGGAUUGAUUCUUGUCCGUCUGAUCACGAACCGAUUCCGGCUAUCUGGGAUUCCCGGUCCCUCACUGGCAGCCUAUACACGACUAUGGAAGCUAUACGACGUGUGGAAGGGCGAUAAUCACCAUACCGAGAUUAACCUGCACCGCAAGUACGGUCCUUUGGUUCGCAUCGGUCCCAGGCAUAUUUCAGUGAGCGAUCCCAAGGCUAUUCCCAUUAUAUAUGGGUUCAAUAAAGGGUUUAAUAAAACGGCAUUCUUCCCGAUCCAGUCAAUAUCAUGGGGUAAAGCACCCCAAACGAAUCUCUUUUCCACGCGCGAUGAGCUAUUCCAUCGUGAGCAGAAACGCCCGAUCGCUAGUGCGUACAGCCUAGGCUCAAUCCUGGAAAUGGAGUCGGCCAUCGACUCCUGCACCGAGAUCUUUCAGUCUCAGAUCCAAAGGUUGGCGCAGACGAAGACGCCGAUCGAUUUCGGGAUGUGGUUGCAAUACUAUGCGUUUGACGUCGUCGGCGAGAUAACAUUCGCCCAGAAGCUGGGGUUCCUAGAACAGGGACAAGAUGUAGAUAAUAUGAUCGAGGCCAUCCGAGGAAUGCUUACGUAUGCUUCGAUCUGUGGGCAGAUUCCUGAGGCCCACAAGUUUCUCCUUGGGAAUCCUCUGUUUCCUAUACUACUUCCCCAGAUGGAGUCGUGGAACCAGGUGGUGGUAUUCACCUUGAAGGCAAUCAAUAAUCGGAUGGCCCUCCAGCGAGACGCAGAGGUUGAAAAGUCCGACCUGAAUCAAGAGAGUGGUGGGAAGGAUAUGAUGUCUCGAUGGAUGGCAAUCCACACAGCUGACCCGGAGCGACUCUCAACGAGGGAUAUGAUCGUCCAUCUGUCCACGAACGUCUUCGCUGGAUCAGACACCACCGCCAUCGCGCUGCGCUCUAUUUUCUAUAACCUCAUCCACCACCCGACGGCGAUGUCAAAGGUGCAAGCAGAAAUCGACACAGCGGAUCGAGAAGGCAAGCUUAGUAACCCGAUCUCCUACCGGGAGUCCAUCACACAUCUGCCGUACUUCGCCGCGGUGAUGAAAGAAGCCAUGCGCUUGCACCCGUCUGUUGGGCAAAUUAUGGAGCGUGAGGUUCCACCGCAGGGGAUGUCAAUCUGCGAUCAACAUAUUCCAGCUGGCACGAUAGUUGGUAUCAACCCAUGGGUUGUCCAUCGGGACCCAGCUACCUUUCCCCAGCCGGACUCUUUCAUUCCUGAACGGUGGCUGGAGAGCUCUCCCGAGAGGCUAAAGAAAAUGGAAAAGGCCUUCUUCAACUUCGGUGCCGGGGCGCGAUCUUGCAUUGGCAAAUCGAUUUCUCUCGUGGAGAUGCAUAAGAUCGUGCCCCAGCUACUACGCGAAUUUGAGAUUCACCUACAUGAUGGGAAGCCAUGGAAGACCAGGAAUGCGUGGUUUGUGCAGCAGGAAGAGUUUAUAUGUGACUUCGUCCCACGGUUGCGCGCAUAGUGGGACAACCAGAACUGGCAUAUACUUACAGGUUAUAUUUAGCUACUUAGGGCUCUAGAAUGUGUUUUCAUGGAAAUAGGGAAGAAAGAUGCAAAACUCGAGACAAAGAAGAUAGGAUGACAUAAGCAGAAGAACAACGUUCAACCAUGAUGUCAUGGAGGAGAAAUGAUAGUCCGCACUUCGGAAUAUCC